GGUCCCUAGAAGAGUGUUUCGCGACUUCCAAAGAGAGAGAAUUGUCAAUCGUUCUGAGUGUGUAGCGGAGGCAUUUGGCUGCGGGGUCCCAAAAAGAAAUCGACCUCAUAGGAAAACCGAGAAAAAUAUUUAUCUUUCGCCGGAAGUACCGCAAACCGGCUGCGAUGGUAGAACGCUUGAGUAUAGAAGUUGUAGUUCAAGUGUAGUUGAGAGCUUCCUGAGUUCAAUCUAAGAGAACAGCUAUUACCCAUCAUCCAAGGUGGCGACGGUUCGGUAAUUUUUCUGCUACUUUUUUCCGCACACAAACACCAGCAAAAUUCCGUACAAGGGAGAAAAAAUAUUGUACCUCUAUGUUUUGAACGGUACCCGGAUUGCUACCGCCGCCGCCGCCACCGUAGAUCGCUGUUGCUGGCUGUUCAAUACAACAACGCUGGCCUGCCUUCACCGUACUCUCUUUCUCGUUGCAUCUUCCUUCAUCCUCCUUCGGCGUGAGUAUUUGAAUGCAACACUGACUGACUGCUGCUGGUGAUGAUGAUGAUGUUAUUAUCGCUGGACCGCCGAAUGAAUCUAACGUGAGAGAGCGAGAGCAAAUCGAAUCAAAGCAGGCCAGCUCAGAGGAAAAAAAAAGUUGAAAAAUAGAAACCUAUCGCAGUGGCCAUUGCCGUCAUUGAGAUAAUCACUUCAAAGCAAGACGUAGCAGCAGGCAAAAUCAGAAUUCCAACGCAAUUGAUAGCGAUCCAACCUACUAGGUGAUUAGAAUUCGGUUAAGGGCAGUGCAAAAGCAAUCUAGAACUAGAAGGAGAGAGCACGCAACACUAGUGAAGUCAGUCAGGAUGGCCUCAUCAGGUGGAGUUGAUAUUCAUAUAGUUUCGAUGCCAAACCUGCAGAAAAUUGAGAAUUAUAUGCGAGACUCGACUUAUCGGGAAACGUUAGAAGUCAGCGCAUCGUUCAACACCAGAUUAUGCCUUGAGCGAAGAAUGCGACUACCGUUUUUCGAUUCCCAAACUGGAGUAGCGCAGAAUCACAGUACUCUGUUCAUGAAGCACUGUAGAAGGAUGCCAGGACACCGGGAAGGACAGCUCUACACAUACCCUUCGUCACGGUGGCGAAAGUCCAAGCGACAAUAUCUGACUAAAAUUCACAACCUGCGGCCGUUCAGCAAUUUCAAAACAAGUGGAACUUCCAGCAUAGCCUUGGGAGAUUCUGCCGAGUUGGCAGUACCUGCCGAGUCGGACUUCAACGCAUCACUACUGGAGGAAUCCUCACUGGGAGCGACCUUGGACGCCGACAGCAAGGAUAGCCAUCAGAACCAACCCGCUCCCAAGGAGGAACCCCUGCCCAAGGAUUGGUACUACGACGAGAUGGCCCUGAACGACGACGAUCUGGACGACCCGGAGGGCGGCGACUCGGAUUACGACUACAACGUGAACGGGUACAAACGGAAGACCAAGAAGAGCAGGCGCUCGAACGCCGGAGGAAGGAAAUCCAAGGCUAGUCAGGCGGCAGCGGCAGCCGCUGCCGCCGGAGAUUACGAUGCCGUAGCGUCGCCAGGUGGUUCGUCGAGGAAGGGUCGUCCACCGGGUGGCAGUUCCGGAAAGAGGGGUAGAAAACGCACCGCCAAGGAUACGGUUUCGUCCAUCGAGAAGGAACUGGAGAGCAGUAUGAACGACAGCCUGGUGGAACCGCCCUCGUUCGAAUCGGUGGCCGCAGCGGUAGAUUUGAACGAGAACGGCGAGAAUGGGGCCGGCUACGGAGGCAGCGCCGAUCUGAGGAACUACCGGAAGUACCUGUAAGGCGACCGGGUGUUACUUCGAAAUGGUACCUUUGAGGCUCUAAAAACCCAGACCCUUUUCGAUGGAUGUUUUAUACGGCAACGUUGCAUGGUGGGAGCUGCUACCAACCAGGUGCGAAACAGCAGUGGGCGACAUUUAAUGGUAGAAACAAGAACGGAAGCAACCUUCCAAUAUCGAGCAAUCCUUGAAGGAAUGCCUUGUACACAAAUCACAGCUGAAAAAAGAAAUAUCAACCAAUCUAAAUUUAUUUACUUUUUCAAAACUACUCUUGUCUUUUCUAUUGAAUAUUAUUGCAAUUCUGGUCAUCAUCAAAAUACUACUAUUAUUAAUAUUACAAAAGCAAUUUGUGUUUAGUUUGUCUUGAUUAUAUUUUGGAUGUGACGAGGAAAAGUAAACUUAUUUUGAAUCGAAAAUCUCGGAGCAAUUUUGGAACGAAACGUUUGAAGUGUAAAUAGUAGCCAGCCCUGUAAGCCCUUUUCUUCUUUAUACACAAACUUACAAACAGUAGUUGCAAUAGAACGGACAUGGCGACCGUCAUUUCUGUAAUGGCGACCGUCAUUAAAUUUUGUUAACACCCCCCACACACACACCCACACAGAUUUCACAUUAUAAAAACUAUUAACAAAUGGAAACCUUGAAACAUAGUUAUAUUUAAUUCUCAACAGACUAUAGAACUACAUAGAAGAAAUUGCAAACGAGUCACACUAUUAUUUAGUUUUGCUAAGGUUUUGUUCGUUGUAGUAGAACUAACUCAAUCACUCUCACACACACAUACAUACAAAGAGACACACACAAACAUCUCCGUACGACCGUACCCCCAACAUAACACUUAAUUGUUGCAAUAGUUGUAGGAUUUAGUGGUAAUCGACUCAUUUUUUACGCGUGAAGUAUACCAACCGAAGGAGGCGGAACAAAGAGAGAACCGGAGGAAAACGUUUGCAAAACGAACCUCCGGCGCCGGGACCGUGGUCCGGUCCGGCAUGGGAUGCGAUCGAUCGAGAUUCACAUUUAUUGUCUAAUUGUAAAUGGAUUUUUCAACGACGAUAUAUUUACUUAUUAUUCCAUUAAUAUCAACCCCCCUAUUGAUGAUCGCUAUAGUACUUGUAGAACUCAGAACCGUUUGAGAAAACAACACAAAAAACAGAGACACACAAAAAAGCUAGACAAAACCGGAUGCUUCCGAAGCGGAAGCGUGGCAAGAAAAACACAAUGUAAAUGUAAAGUUUAAAUUAUAUGCAAAUGAACAGAAAAACAAGUGAAGAAAGCAGAACAACCGGAAACAAACCCUGUACAUGAAUAUACAUAGAUGAACGGUGAUGAAAAAUGCUAAAUAAAAAUGAGGAAAUAUUUUCCAAAAACCUAAAA